GGAUGCUGAACUUUGAGGCAAGGGUUUAUUUGCCCAAGUAGUCUUUCACUUCCUUUAAAAAUGCAUUGUUACAUUUUUAUUGUUUUUUCUCUUUCCUGUUUCAAAUAAAUAAAAGCCAAAAGGCCUCCAGUAAAUUUGAAGUAUGGAGGUUUGUGCGGAAACGCAUUUGCCUUGGUUAGGAUUUUAAUGCCUAAGGGAAUCCAGACAGUGAUUUUGAAAACAAUUAACAAGGGGAGAUAUUUGACUUAAACAGAUUCUAAUUAUUGAGUUCAAUAACCCUGGUUUAUGGAAAAAUCAACUGAAAGCAGAGUCCAUUUUAUAUUUUGCACGGAGGCACAUUUGCUUUCGCAUGACUGUCCAACUCAUUUCCUGUGACGCAGCGAAGUGAACCCUCUGUCAGGAAUAAGGAAUUUUCUUUGAUGAAGGGGAAGAGAUCUAAACGAAGAUCACAGACGAGCGUUCUAUAUAUCGACGAGGCUAUGCUGUGACACCAUCCUGGCCUAAUUUUAUUUUUCAGAUUCAAUUCAAUGAUCUGACACGAUCUCUUGCAUAAUUGCACUAGUAAAAUGCUUUUAGAAAAUCGACAUCUACCUUCUUUUGAAGUUACCAAUGUUGAAUUCACUUCGUGCAAAGUUGCACAUUGCCCUCAAACCAGUUCUAAGAGAUAAAGAGGCAUUCUUGAAAUUUCUUACGUUUGACUGAAGAGAAAAUCACCAGCAUACAGUGCUCUCUAUAAUGAAGGCCACAACGUCGUAAAUCUUCUUGAGUGAAAAGUUCCUUUUUUCAACGAUCCCCUUCUGAAACGAUUGAUCCCAGCAAUCGAAAAACAGAAUAUGAGAAUGAGACGGCAAAAAUGUGAUACGAGUUCAAACCCUGAAACGAUUUUUCACUGGGUCAUUUCGUAUGAAGUAUUUUUUGAAUUGCUGAUUGCUGCUGUUGCAACUGCAAUUCUCGAGAUUCAUGAACAGCAGUGGACCGACUUUUUCUUGUGAAAAGUUCUGAUAAAACACUGCAAAACGUGACAGCCAAUAUUUCGUGUCGGCAAUAACACUUCAAUUCCCGCGACGAUGGCGCGGUUUGAUGAUUCCGUGUUGAGACGUAAAGUCAGCCAACAAGAGUCGCUCGGGAAGAAUCCGCUGUCGCACUCCGCGUACGCAUUCUAGCGGAAACCGGGGCUCGCGGUGCACAGCGCAAGCCCCGAAUGAGCUCUUCAAGACCUUGGAAGCAUCCGGUCGAAGGUCGGUUGAACUGAGACAGCACCUCUUCGCUCCAGAGAUCCACGACCGGUGCUCGCUGCCACUUCGUGAAACUGAAAUGGAGGGAGGGAAAAAAAACGGUAGAAUUUCCGGAAGGUCCCCCCUUUCUACGUGUGUAUAUAUACUGCGUGAAAGAUGAAUCUCAUCGUUUGUGGCGAAAAUCUUGCGUGAUUCUCAGUUCCAUUCAUCAUCGUAUAAGCAAAGAAAAAACUACGCGCUUUCCUGUUUUGAGAACGUUCAAAAGCUCUAGGGUGGACAGAUGAUUUGUUUUCGAAUCUUGUGGAAAGUGUUAACAUUCCGCGAACUAUGAACUUGAUGAAGGUUUUCGGGAGUUUUAAUUACUCUAACUUCAAUGAUGUAACGUACCGCUCACAUUUCAAAUACAGGACUUUUUCAUGAGUAUCAUGACGCAUACAUUUGAUUGGGAUUCUUCGUUUUUUUCUGCAUCGCAAUUUUCUUUCAUGUUGUUUGAGAUGAGGUAUACGAUUGAACGGAAAUAUGUGAGGGCUUCACUGCUAAACUUAAUUGAUAUCAAGAAAUAUCCUCGGAUGACGUGUCGCGGUCAUAGAGUGUCCGUCAGCAAACAGCUUGAGGACGAAAAGAGAACCUUCAUUGCUUAUUGCGCUCCAGAAUAAAAUUUGAAUGAACUCUCCCGGUUGAAUUAAAAUAUUCAAUCAUUCAUAGAUUCGAAAGACUUCGCUACUGUAAGGUCGAGCCUACUUCCUACUCAGACUCAAAAGCUUCGUAACUCAUACCUGCAGCCUUACAUUCCAUAUCUGUUUUUCUUCGAUCGAGUGCAAUAUUAUAUGUUUUUACCAUUACGGUCUUUCAGUUGGUGCGUUCACAUGUACGAUGUGAAGCUCGGAAGUGUCGCUUGUGACUUCGUUUCAUUUCCCACUAUAGCAGCUAUAGAGCUGUCGCAGGUUUUACGCGGGUAUAUCUGUUUGAAAUAUAUACGAUAUUACUCUUAAUUAUCCCGUUAGCGUAUCCAUUCCUAUCCCAGGAGACGUUUUCUGUGCUGAACUAAGUCGUAAAACCGAGUUGCGUCUGAUCUGAUGUUCUGCUCGCAUGCAUGAAGUGGGGAAUCUCCGAUUCCACAGAUUGAUAGUCGAAGUAGAGACCGUGUAGAAAACAGUGCUCGCUACAAGAAGUGUUCGAAGGAAUGGGACAAGAUGAACGGGAUGGAAGUGCAUUGGUGGAUAACCAUUCGCGGAUCAAUAUCGAAAAACCCAGAUGGGAUCAGAGCAAUUAUUGGGGUCGCGCACAACACUUCUUCGUGACUACGAACCCUCUGAACCUUCUGAAGACCAACGCCGAUCUCGACCGUGCUCAAGAAAUUGUGACUAAAUAUAAAAAGCAAGAAAAAUUACCUGGUGUGACGGUGGACGAAUUAUGGAAGGCGAAACAAGUGUACGACUCGGCAUUUCAUCCCGAAACGGGCGAGAAAAUGGUCCUCAUUGGGCGCAUGUCCGCUCAGGUGCCCAUGAAUAUGUUGAUAUCAGGGUGCAUGAUGACGUGGUACAAGCAACUGGGAACUUCUUAUGCCAUGGCUACGACUGGCGCUGUAGGAACUGCAUUGGGACUCAACAGAAUGGUCAAAGUAAUGCCGCCGCUGAUUGGCAGAUUCGUGCCGUUCGCGGCCGUUGCAGCGGCCAAUUGUGUCAAUAUUCCAAUGAUGCGACGGAAAGAGCUCAGUGAAGGAAUUCCCAUACUCGAUAGCAAUGGAAACAAGCUCGGGAUGUCAAAAAUUGCUGCUCGAGAGGGAAUAACAAACGUUGUGAUAAGUCGAAUCGCCAUGGCUUCUCCUUACAUGAUUCUUAUUCCAAUCUACAUGAAUCGUUUGGAGAAGAAGGGCUUCCUGAAACGAUACCCGUGGUCCAAUGCUCCAAUUCAAGUUGCUCUCUGUGGCCUCAUUCUGACAUUUGCGACUCCUCUUUGCUGCGCACUUUUCCCGCAGCUUUCUUCGAUUUCGGUUUCGAGUCUGGAACCUGAGCUUCAGGAUCAAAUAAGCAAGUCUCCGAACGCUCCGACGACAGUGUUCUACAACAAAGGGCUGUGAGGACGAAUAUGAAGAGAUGUGAAACGUCAGGAAAUAAAAACCUGAGGGUUCAGCAGCAGGACAAGAACUCGACUUCCGUCCUGUUUUAGAGGCAUUCCUUGAAUUCGAACCGUGUCAUGGUUACGUCAGCAGCUUCUUUGAUCCCUAGUGCAGAUGACUGAAAUCUGAAGUAAUAAAGCCAGUGUUUUGUUCAAA